AUGCAUUUGCCGCCUCGGCUUGGGUCGGCUGGCAUGGUCGAUGCCACCCAUGCCACGAAGUCGUUGCCAGCGGGACUGUAUUCAAAGCUCGGGCAAGCGGAGGGCCCGCGUGUUCCAGAUGUUGGGGGCCAUCAAAUGGCUUUGCAGGCCCUGCCGUCCGAGCCAGGCACCAUUCGGAUGCAUCCCCAGGAACUGUUGCAGCAUUUGGACAAGCUGCACCCCACUCACCCGCUCCAGUCGGGUCCCCCACAAAGCGGGCAUCACGAGCUAAAUGCCACUCAGCCGGCACAGGCGCUGCCAGUGCAUGCCACGCAUAGCUCCAAUCAGCACCCGCACACUCCAGGAUCAUGUGCCGCGAAGGCAGGACACCACCACACACCGACACAGCACUUCUCUCAGCAUGCAACACCUCUGCAGUUUCCCGACCAUACAGCCGCCCCCAGCGCUCAUGGGCGUCCGUCCCCGGCACAGCCGCAGAUUCCACCACAACUUCCAGUGGAGGCUCGUGGACACGCAGGCACAGGCCAUGCAAUGGCAAAGGUGCGAGAACCGCCCACUUCCCUGCAAUCGCUUUUGGUCCUGCUGAUCCAGUCCUGCUCAAAGUUGCGUGUUGUGUGGCAUGCUGCAGCUCUUUUUGGGCCGUGGGACAUAGACGAUGUCAUGGAUCAGCAUUGCAUGGUGGACUCCAGCAUAGCUUCUCAAGCCACGGGAGUUUCAGAGCGAGUCGCCGAUCGCGUUACUUGGACCCCGGUGUCGGCAUGGAGGCAGAAACCCGUUGGUCCCACUUCCAAUCACUUCUGUUUUCGUGAGGCCACAGGGGAUGUGAGCUCACUGCUCCGCAAAGCCGAGACGUCAAGAUCUGAGCAACGCAGAGCGGGCUCCGAUGUUGCCAUGCAGCAGCGUCUCGCAGCGCUUUUUGCAGAUUUAACCAACACGACUCAGAGGGUCCGAGAAGAGGUGGACGCGAUGCCUGAAAAAGGGCGCGCGGCCUGGGACAGAAAGACUACGCGACUAGAGGAGGACGUGUCGGUCAUCCAGAAUGCUGUGGACAAGCAGCUGGGAGCGUUUUAUCGAGUGAAGAGAGAAGAGGAGAAUCGCAAGAAGCUCCUCGGUGACAGAAAGAAGAAAGAUGGCCCUGACGAUGAGACGCAGGGCUUGGUGCGGGAGAAUCGUUCGCUCCGAGACUCCGCUGCUGCCCUUGAUGAAGUCUUGGAGCAAGCAGGCUCCAUCUUCGGAAACCUUGUGAGCCAGAACAAAGUUCUGAAGAAUGCGCGGCGGAAGCUCCUGGACGCGGCGAACAGCAUUGGGGUGUCGCAGAGCCUAGUGAACGUAAUUGACCGAAGACAGACCGGGGACAAGUGGCUGGUCUACGGCGGGAUGGCCCUCACGCUGUUCAUCUUGUUCUCGCUCUGGUAUCUGCUCCGCAUGUGCGAUCUCCGAGGUGCAGACGCGAGCCCGAUCAUGCAUUUUUCCGAGCCGCGUGCAUACACUGCCGCAACAAAGACUGCAUGCAUGUGGACAGACCGGAGUUUGCAACUGCACGUAGUAGAGCCAGAAAUCGGAACCCUGCCAUGGGGUGCACCCAUGAACACCGCUGGCCCGAAAAAGGCGCUUCCACAGGCUGCGCCGUCACCAGCUGUCGCAGUGUGGCACGCCCUCAGCGUCAUUCUGCAUGAGGUGAGCUUGCUCGGCGUCAACAAGGCUCUGGUGGUGCCUUUGCCGGCCAGGCAGCAGAUGCCGUGCUGCAUGUGCUCAGAUGCUCGCGGGUCCCAACUCCAGCAGCUGGACUUGGUCAGCUUCAACUCGGCACUUUCUGGCCUCAGCAAGGCAGCUCGCUGGCUGCAGGCGCUCGAGCUCUUCUCGUUCCUGGCCACCUUUGCCUUGCUCCCGAACGCUGUCUCGCGCACCACCGUUGCGUCCGACAAGACCGGCCUCUUGAAAUGGCAAGGAUCUCUGCUGCUUCUGCGCGACCAAGAAGGUGCCUUCGAGGAUGCCGUCGCUUGCAGCGCAGCCCUCACAGCCGCCGGCCGCGGACGAGGCAGCUGGCGAUUGCCUUUGCAAUUGUUCUCGAUCGCCAGCACGAAGAUGCUGCUGCCAAAUGUCGUGGUGCUGACCGCCCAAAUAGCUCCCAACACGUGGGUUCACGGGCUUCAGCAGCUUCAGGCCUGCUGCCGCACGCGGCUCCGCCUCGACUCCGUGGCUUUCGUGGCCGCUGUGGCGUCGCCCGGUGCCUGGACCAGCUCCCUGGAGCGAUUGGCCUGGGGGAGAAGGCGCGGCUUGCCUGGACUGGGCUCCGGGGCGCGCAGCGCAGCAGUCGCUGCCGCCGCCGAGGCCUUCCUCUGGGAAGAGUCCAUCGCAGUGCUGCUGAGUCCUCGCUGGGCCAGACGGUCAGGCGAGAUCACGCUGCAGUAUAGAAAGAACCAGCUCUGUGGUUUCGUGUCGGCCAUUGCGGCAUGCGAUGCCCUGCGCUGGGCUUGGGCUUUGGAGCUCUUGCACCAAAGUCGGCUUACGGGACUUUCGGGUGGCUCGGUGAAAGAAGGAGGCCUCGACCUGGACCUGGACGUGCUCAACGCGGCCCUCAGCGGCUGCGACUCCAUGUGGCAACAGGCCUUGGCAACACUGGGCUUCGCCUUGGCAGCGCAAAGCACGCUGCCAGACCUCAUCACCUGGAACGCGUUGCUUUCCAGCACUCCUUGGUCCUCAGCAAUGGAGGCAUUGCAGAGCCUGCAGCAGCGAGGGCUUCGAGCCGACGUGAUCUCCGUGACGGCUGUGGUCACUGCCUUCGAGGAAGGUUUACGAUGGUCCGCUUCGCUCGCUGCGGUUUCACGAAUGCAGGAGGACCGUUUGCUGUGCAACGAGCCGGGCCUUUAG